AUGGCGGGCGAUAACACGGCUGCAGGCCCUGAUGAUGAGGAGGAGGUGGAGGAGGAGGAGGAUGGCGAGGAGGGAGAGGAAGUAGAGGAGGGAGAGGAGGGAGAAGAGGGAGAGGGUCAGCAGGAAGAGGAGGAGGAAGAGGAGGUUUGUUUGACUGCGGAUUUGGCGCGUAAGAAACUUACCGACCGCGUUUGCUGCCCGAUCUGCCUUGAGGCGCCGCACAACGCGGUGCUGCUGGUGUGCGCGUCGCUGGAGAAGGGCUGUCGCACGUUCGUGUGCGACACCAGCCAUCGCCAUUCCAACUGCUUCGACCACUUCCGCAAGUCGCAGCAAGCGGCGACUGCGGCGGCGGCUGUUUUCGCAGGCGCGCCUGCUGAAGCCAGAACCAGCGCCGCCGCCACCAGCGCCGUCGCCGCCGCCGCCGCCGCUGCCGCUGGCGGAGUCGGCGGGGCUGUCGACGGCGUUGGCGCAGACGGUGGCGCAAGCAGCGGGAUUGCUGCGGUGAUGCCUGGGUCUGCGGGAGAUGCCACCGCAGCAACGGGCACUGGUGGAACCGCCACUGCUAGGCGACUUGCGUUGGCUGGCGGAAUCGCUGGUGCUGAGGCUCCUGCUGCUGGCACCGCUGCGGUUGGUGUUGGUGUUGGUGUUGGUGGUGGUGUUGGUGGUGGUGGUGGUGGUGGUGGUGGUGGUGGUGGUGGUGGUGGUGGAGGGGGAGGGGAUGAGGGCGCUCGUGGUAUUGGUCGCAGCGACAGGCGGCACCGCCAUCGCCGCCAACGACGGCGCCUGUGCCGCUCGGACGACACGACGCACGCGGAUCAGCGAGGGGCGGAAGCGGAAGGUGCGGCGGAGGAGAACGCGCCGACAGAAGAGGGGGGGAAGGCGGAAGAGGGGGGGGCGGAAGGGGCAGGGGGAGCGGGAGAGGAGGCGGUGGUGGGAGUGCGGGAAGUGAGGUUUAGUGCGGAAGACAAGGGCAAGCGGGUAGUUAGCGAGGGCGCUGCGGGUGGCAGGUCUAGGGGGUCGAAGCGGAGGGGGAAAGCGGCUCGGCGUCGCGUGGACGACGGCGGGCUUCGCGGCGUGAGCCGGCCGUUCCUUCAGGCCCUCGGACGGGGCCAGCUGCUGCUGCUGUCGGCGGGCGAGACAGUCGAGAGCAUGGGGGAGGGCGCAGGAGAAGGAAAAGGUGGGGAUGAGGCGCAAGUCGAGAGGGCAGGGAAGGGAACGGCGAAGGAGGAUGUUGGCAAGGCGAGGAGGAGCGAGACGAGUGUGAUCUGCAACCACACUCACCAUACUCAGCUUAGCCACCUGGCGCACGGGUCCCAUGACGCGCAGCAUGGUAUGGCGGAGAAGGUGGGGAAGGCGGAUAAGGCGGGGAAGGUGGGGAAGCGGAGCAGGAAGCGCGGGCGCUGCCACGGGGCGCAUGACACCACAGCGUGUUUCACGGGCGGGGAGCUGCACGGGCUGUGCUUCUCGCGCGUGCCCCCCGCCGAGUCCGCGUCCCUGCGCUGCCCCAUGUGCCGCUGCCCCGUGCUGGGGUGGUUCGUGCACAAGGACGUGCGCGCGCUGCUCAACGCCGUUCCGCGCGCGUGCGCGCACGAGAACUGCGCGUUCGCCGGCGCGUACCCCGCCCUCCGCGCGCACGCGCGCUCCACGCACGCGCAGGCGCGCCCGCCCGCGGAGGCGGACCCCGCGCGCGUGCGCCAGUGGCGGAGGCUGCAGAGCCAGCAGGAGGUCGGGGACGUGGUGAGCAGCAUCCGCGCCGCCAUGCCAGGAGCUACUAUAAUAGGCGACUAUGUGAUAGGCGGCGACAGUGAUGAUGAGGAUGAUCUGCUGGGCGGGUUCGGCGGGCUGGGGGGUCUUGACGGGGGCCGCUUUGGCGCAGGGGGGUUGUAUGGCGGAGGCAGGUUCUGGGGAGGCGCGGGCGGCAGGGGAGGCUUGGGAAGGCAGGGGUUGAGGGGGAUGGGGGGAACGUUGGCGGGGUUCAAUGCGGGGGGGUUGGGGGACCCGUUCGGGGUGGGGGGACUGGGGGGGAUGGAGGGGGGAGGGGCGAUGGGGGCGGCUGGGAGGAGGGCUGCUGCUCGGCUGUUUGGUUUUGGGCGGGCGAGAGAGGGGCUAGGUGCGAGUGGGAUAGGGGGUGGUCGAACGGGGGAGAGGGGGGGGUUUGGGCGGUUGCGUUUUAGCAGUGGAGGCGCAGGGGGGGGGGGUGAGGGGGAGGAAGAGGGGCGGAAUGCUUUGGCAGAGGCCAGGGCGAGGGAGAGGAGGCGGAGGGCGCGGUUAGCGGGGAGGCGGGGCAGAGGAGGGGAUGCAGGAUGGGAGAUAGACGGUGGCGGAUGGGGAGAGGAAGCAGAGGAGGAGGAUGGGGAGGAAGGGGAGGAGGGUGAGGAGAGGAGGGGGAUUCGAGCAGCAGCAGCAGCAAGAGCAGCCGCAAGAGCAAGAGCUGCAGCGAGGGCUGCAGUGGAGGAGGGGGAGGAGGAAGACGAAGCAGAGGAGGAACGAGACGCGGAAGAAGAGGAGGCGGAGGAAGAGGAAGAGGAGGAAGAAGAGGAGGAGGAGGAGGAGGAGAACGAGGAUAUGGAUUUCCCAGGGGACAAUGGGUCUCUGUGGACAGCCAUGCUGCUGCUGACUGCAGGCAGUGGCUCCUCUGUGUGGAACCCCCCCCUCUUCUCCUCCGCGCCCAUCUUUGCCCGCAGGCGCCCUGCCCUUACCGCUGCUCCUGCCGCUGCCGCUGCCGCUGCCGCUGCUGCUCCUCCUGCCCUGCCCGCCCACAAUCGCCGCAGCCUCCUCAGCACCCUCCCCGCCCCGCGCAGGGGGGGCAGAGGGAGGGACGGGGAGAGGGAAGGGAACGGGGAGGAGGGAGGGGAGGCGAGGAGAGGGAGGGGAGAGCUGGGUGUGGAGGGAGCGAGUGGAGAUGCUGCUGUGCGUGGUGGGAGGGAGAGGGAGAGAGGUGAGGGGGGCCGAGGGGAAGAAAGAGCGGCAGGGGAGAGGGCGUUGGCCCGUGCAACGGGGAUCAGGCAGCGGUUGGAGGAGCUAGAGGCAAGGCUCAUGCUCAGCAGUGCGUUUGUAUCCGCAGCAGCUGCUGCUGGUGGCACUGGUGGCACUGGUGGUGCUGGUGGCACUGGUGGCACUGGUGGUGCUGGUGGCACUGGUGGCACUGGUGGUGCUGGUGGUGGUGCUGGCGGUGCUGCUGGUGCUGGUGCCGGUGCUGGUGCUGCUGCUGGUGCACGUGCUCUGGGUGCGGGAGGUGUAGCAGGACUGGUGGGAGCGGGGCCAGGAGCAAGUGGGGGAGGAGGAGGAGUGGGAGUAGGUGGAGGAAGGAGAGGAAGGUUGGGGAGGCCUCAGCAGAUCCGAAGCAUGCUGCUUGGUGGGGAUCGUGGUGGCAGGGAAGGUGGGGUGGCUGCACGACGAGGCGAUGAGGAGGAGGUGGUGGAGGUAGAGGAGGAGGAAGAGGAGGUUGAGGAGGUGAAGGAUAGUGAUGAGGAAGAAGGUGGUCGUAGCACCAAUGCCAGUGGUGCUGCGGGCAUUGCUGUGCCUGCUCCUCCUGCUGCUGCCGCUGCUGCUACUGCUGUUGCUCCUGCUGCUGCUGGUGGAUUUCCCAUUGUUCCCAGGACGUCGCGUGUGCUCCGCUCUGCACCACGUGCUGCUGAAGCAGCCGCAGCCACUGGACCAGUCGCAGCCGCUGCAUCUCCCCUGUCUGUCGCUGCACUGCCAUCACGUGCUCCCGCGCGUGCAGUCAGGGCGUCAGGUUUGUCCUCAGCGCGUGCCAUCACGCCCAACCCUCCCAUCCUUGCCACUGCCAGCAGGCUCAGGGUGCAAGGGGUGCCUCCCAGGACUGUGAGCACCAGGGCCUCUGCUGCGGCGGCUGCGGCGGCUUCUGCUGCGGCUGCGUCUGCUGGCAAUACCAGCAGUGGUCAUGCUGGUAGUAGCAGUGGCUCUCGUGAGCGGCGGGAGAGGCGUGAGAAGGAGGCGGAGGUCGGGCCUGAUCUGGACAGAGACCUUCGCACUGUGUUCGCUUAUCAGAUCAACCUGAAGGCGGACGAGCACGACGUGUACGAGUUCUUUUCGCAGGCGGGCAAGGUGCGCGACGUGCGCCUCAUCACAGACCGCCACUCGCGGCGCUCCAAGGGCGUGGGGUACAUCGAGUUCUACGACCCCAUGGCCGUGCCCAUGGCGCUCGCGCUCUCCGGGCAGCUGCUGCUGGGCACGCCCGUCAUGGUGAAGCCAUCUGAGGCGGAGAAGAACCUUGCUGCGGCGCAGAGCGCGGCGAGCGCUGCUGCCGCUGGGGGCGGCGCGCUGCUGGCGACCGGGUCGAAGCGGCUGCAUGUGGGGAACCUGCACGUGAACAUGAAUGAGGGGCAGCUGCGGCAGGUGUUUGAGCCGUUUGGAGAGCUGGAGCUGGUGGAGGUGCCCAUGGAGCCAAGCUCUGCCCAGUGCAAGGGAUUCGGCUUCGUGAAGUACGCACGCCUGGAGGAUGCACGCAUGGCACACCAGAACCUGGAAGGCCUUGAGCUGGCAGGCCUCGCAAUCAAGAUCACGCCUGUGCCGGAGGUGAUGGAUCCAGUGCUGCCAGGGGAGCUUAUCGACGAACGAGGCGGUCUGGCACUUGACGCACAGACCAGGGCAGCUCUCAUGCUCAAGCUAGACCGCACAGGGACCAGUGCUGCCGCUGCAGCAGGGCUGCCAGGAGCAGCAGCAGCAAUGGCUCUGCGCCCUGGCAUGCUGCAGACAAUGCCCGUUACUACUGCUGCAGGCGCCACCACAGCAGGGGUUCUCCCUCGCGUCCCAACAGCACCAGCAGCACCAGCAGUGGAGAUUGGAACGCCCAGCGAGUUUGUGCUGUUGACUAACAUGUUUGACUCCUCAGAAAAGGUGGACGACGAGUUUGAGCAGGACAUGCAGGACGACGUGGUCGAAGAGUGCUCCAAGUUCGGCACAGUCAAGAAUGUCAAAGUUGACUGGGCCAGUGAAGGUCAUGUGUACGUGCAGUUUGAGACGGUGGCAGCAGCAUCGGCAGCACGCACAGCACUGCACAACCGUUAUUUUGGUGGCAAACCCAUCAGUGCCACUUUUCUGGAAGCUUCCAAAGCAAUGAUUGCUGUCAACGGUCAAGUAGUUCGUUCAACUAAUUCACCAGUGAUUCAGAUUUAG